GUUUCCGCCCGGAGUCAUUAGAAGCACGCACGGCAGGCGUGUUGUGUAUGUCGGAAAUGUCCACGCUGUAGUAUCAGACAGACACAAAAAUGUUUACGAAAGAUUAUUCCGCGUAAUUAGAGAAAAAAAAACCCUCUUCGACUGCGACGGAUCUUUUAAGGUGCGACACUGACACAAACCCCGAGUAGAAGUUCCUCCGACGUCACCCAGCGGUCACCAUGGGGCUCAAGCGACAGAAACUAGCCAAGAAAACUAUCAAUUUCUACAAAUACAACUUCAGCUUCAGGGAACCCUUUCAGAUCCUCGUCGAUGGGACUUUCUGUCAGCUGGCUUUGAAGAACAAGAUUCAGAUCAAGGAGCAAAUGCCCAAAUACCUGAUGGGGGAGGUGAAGUUGUGCACUACAAGCUGUGCGCUGAAAGAACUGGAGACUCUGGGAGGUGAUCUGUAUGGAGCCAAAAUCAUCCUGCAGAAGUUCCAGCUGAGGAGUUGUCCGCAUUACAAGAAGCCCGUUCCGGCCUCACAGUGUCUGCUGUCCAUGCUGCGGGAGAACAACCCUCACAACUACUUUGUUGCUACACAAGACCGCUCAUUAACUGAAGGCCUGAAGAAGAUCCCUGGCGUUCCCCUGCUGUACAUCGUCUUCAACACCAUCGUGCUGGACAAGGUCUGCCAGACGUCCCUCGACCACGUCCGGGCCGUCCAGCUGGGAGAGCUGGUCAGCCCGGCCCAGCAGCAGAGCAUCACCGGCAUGAAGAAGGAGCAGGGCAUCGUCCAGAAAGAUGGAGAGCGACGGGGGGGGAAGAGGAAGAGGAAACAGAGCAAUCCUAACCCCCUGAGCUGCCUGAAGAAGAAAAAGAAAAGCGGGCCGACGCCACCGAAGAAGACGACUGAGGAGGGGAAGAAGAGGAAAAGAGUUAGAAAUAAGAAACCAAGCACGGCAGGAGGAGACUUGCCUGCUCCUGCAGCUACAGAUGCAUAGCAGCAGCAGCAAGGAGACAGACAUUGGCCCAAUGGUUUCUUUCCUGAAUGUUAUUUUAUGAUGUCCACGUUCCCACUCUGAAAUAAUUGGUUUGUUUUUACAUAUGUUUUUGCAUAUAAUAAACCAAUGUUCAUCACACAAAUUUUAUUUUUAAUGGAUGGAUUUGUACAGCGCUUUCUAGUCUUCUGACCACUCAAAGCACUUUAACACUACAUGACAUCAUUCACCCAUUCAUACACUGAUGACAGGACCUACCACACACAGGGGCACCUGCCCAUCAGUAACAUGCACUGUAGUCACAGCUAGAGGAGCAAUGCUGGGGUUAAGUGUCUUGCCCGAGGACCCAUUGACCUGCAGGUUAGCCGGGCAGAUGGAAGACGGCCGCGCUGCCCACUCAGUCACACUCACAGUUUUUGCAGGUCCCAGGACGUACAGGCAUGUACUGAAACUCCUGAGGAACAUAGCAAUUAUUGUGAGAUCCGAGGAUUUGUACAAAAUUUUAUUUUGUACAAAUACAAAAUGAAAAGGCAGGUUCACAGGCACAUAGUUUGGAAUAUUAGAAGGACACAGACAUUACAUAAUGUACAGUUUAUAUGGAAGUGGAUAUCAAAAACAAUCCAUGCAGCUGUUUUUUCAGAAGCACAGUGUGGUCUGCUCGUUUUUACUGAACGCUGUGUAAUGUUGGCUAAAUCCAACCUGCAUUUCUUUUUCCGUUCAUAGUCCAAACAACCACGUUCAAAACAUAUGUCCAUUCAGACUUGAUUAUUAAGACAUUCUUUAGUUUAUAAAUUCAUUUUGUAUUUAAAUGAGUUAAUUCUCAUUUUAUAUAUAUAUAUUACAUCAAUACAUUAUUUUGAAUAAGUAUCUAGUUGGUUUACACAGGGAGGAUUUCUACAUUACUGCAGUAUUAACUAGAUUAUUAUCCAUAUAUAAAAGUGACACUGAAUAAAUGAAUAAUCUGUCCUUCAAUUCUUCAAGUAAGAAUAAAAGCAACAUGGUUAUAAAACCAUUAGCCUCUGUAGCAAUUCCAUUCUAAAAUAUAUUUCAGAACAGUGCAUGCAAC